AUGGAGAGUAACAUCCACCUGAGCAGUUUGAUCAGUCGGCAUGACGACGAAGCCACGAGAACAUCCACCUCAGAGGGGCUGGAGGAGGGGGAGGUGGAGGGGGAGACUCUGCUGAUUGUCGAAUCGGAGGACCAGGUGUCCGUGGACUUGUCUCACGACCAGAGCGGGGACUCCCUCAACAGUGACGAAGGGGAUGUGUCGUGGAUGGAGGAGCAGCUGUCCUACUUCUGUGACAAGUGCCAGAAGUGGAUCCCUGCCAGUCAGCUGAGGGAACAGCUCAGUUACCUUAAGGGCGAUAAUUUUUUUAGGUUUACUUGUUGCGAUUGCUCAGAAGAUGGCAAGGAGCAGUAUGAGAGGCUGAAGCUGACAUGGCAGCAAGUGGUCAUGCUGGCGAUGUACAACUUGUCCCUGGAAGGCAGUGGGCGUCAGGGCUAUUUCCGGUGGAAAGAAGACAUCUGCUCUUUCAUUGAGAAACACUGGACUUUUUUACUAGGGAGUAGGAAGAAGACUUCCACUUGGUGGAGCACUGUGGCGGGCUGCCUCAGCGUGGGGAGCCCCAUGUACUUCCGCUCAGGAGCUCAGGAAUUCGGAGAACCAGGAUGGUGGAAGCUCGUCCACAACAGGCCCCCAACCCUGAAACCUGAGGGAGAGAAGCUGUCUGCCUCCGCUCUGAAAGUGAAAGCAGCCUCAAAACCAACUUUAGAUCCCAUCAUUACUGUCGAGGGACUUAGAAAGCGGGCAAGUCGGAAUCCUGUGGAAUCUGCCAUGGAAUUGAAAGAGAAAAGGUCUCGCACUCAGGAAGCGAAGGACAUCCGGAGAGCCCAGAAAGAGGCAGCUGGCUUUCUUGACCGGAGCACCUCCUCGACGCCUGUGAAGUUCAUCAGCCGAGGCCGCAGGCCAGAUGUGAUUCUGGAAAAAGGAGAAGUGAUCGACUUCUCAUCCCUGAGCUCCUCCGACCGCACCCCGCUGACGAGCCCGUCUCCUUCUCCAUCUCUGGAUUUCUCUGCCCCUGGGACCCCUGCCUCUCACUCAGCCACGCCCAGCCUGCUCUCCGAAGCUGAUCUGAUUCCAGACGUGAUGCCGCCGCAAGCCUUGUUUCACGAUGACGAUGAGAUGGAAGGUGACGGUGUCAUCGACCCCGGGAUGGAGUACGUCCCGCCCCCUGCCGGCUCGGCCGCCUCGGGGCCAGGGGUCGGGGGCAGGAAGAAGGUAAGAGCCCCCGAGCAGAUCAAGCAGGAGGUGGAGAGUGAGGAGGAGAAGCCCGACAGGAUGGACAUCGACAGCGAGGACACAGACUCCAACACGUCCUUGCAAAUGAGGGCUCGAGAGAAGAGGAAGUCCACGCUGGAGAAGGACCGGAAGCCCAAAGGACCCACGUUCACUCCUGUGAGCAUCUACGAGGAGAAGCUGCUCCUCAAGCGGCUGGAAGCCUGUCCUGGAGCCGUGGCCAUGACCCCAGAGGCCCGGCGGCUGAAGCGGAAGCUGAUCGUCCGCCAGGCAAAGAGGGACCGGGGGCUGCCGCUCUUUGACCUGGAUCAGGUUGUGAAUGCUGCACUUCUGUUAGUGGACGGGAUUUAUGGGGCCAAAGAAGGAGGAGUUUCCAGGCUUCCGGCUGGACAAGCCACAUACAGGACGACCUGUCAGGACUUCAGAAUCCUCGACCGGUACCAGACUGCCUUGCCAUCCAGGAAAGGAUUUCGGCACCAGACCACGAAGUUUUUGUACCGUUUGGUGGGAUCGGAAGAUAUGGCUGUGGACCAGAGCAUUGUCAGCCCUUACACUUCUCGGAUCCUGAAGCCUUACAUCAGGCGUGAUUAUGAAACAAAGCCACCCAAACUUCAGCUGCUGUCCCAGAUUCGUUCCCACCCACACAGGAGUGACCCUCACUGGACACCGGAGCCAGACGCACCUCUUGAUUACUGCUACGUCCGGCCAAAUCACAUCCCAACGAUAAACUCCAUGUGUCAGGAGUUCUUCUGGCCUGGUGUUGACCUGUCCGAGUGCCUGCAGUACCCGGACUUCAGCGUUGUGGUCCUCUAUAAGAAAGUCAUCAUCGCCUUUGGCUUCAUGGUCCCUGAUGUGAAGUACAACGAAGCUUACAUUUCGUUUCUGUUUGUCCAUCCUGAGUGGAGACGAGCAGGGAUUGCAACUUUCAUGAUUUAUCAUCUGAUUCAGACCUGCAUGGGCAAGGAUGUAACCCUUCACGUCUCAGCAAGCAACCCUGCUAUGCUGCUCUAUCAGAAGUUUGGAUUCAAGACUGAAGAGAUUUCCAGGUCUGCUGUCCUCGAAGGCUAUGUCUACAGCCGGGACACGCCAGCUCCGGAUGUUUUGCCGUCUACCCUCGGCCCCAGUGGCUGGUUUCCCACAAGCAUGAAACUUAACAGAGAAGAGCUCUAAGCAGAGGAGAUACAGGUUCAUAUCUGGAGCUAAGAAAGCCACCUGGCAUCUGCCAGAAUGACCUUCCUCUCUGCACCCUUGAGCAGCAUUUUCCAAACCUCUGUUGAAAAUGAAGAUGGUUUAGAUCACUCAAGUCAUACAGGCCUCAGCUGCAUUGUUCAUAAACUGGAAUUAUUUCAAUAUUAAAGGCAUGUUUCUAGUUCUUAAAGUUACUAAUCCCAGGCAGGAGUAAAUUGGCACAACCAUCUUGGAAACCUGUUUGGCAUAAUUUCCUAAGGCUUAACACACCUAUAGCCUCUAAUCCAGCAAUUCCAUUCCUGUUUUUAUACUCAAGAGAAGCGAAACCCACACACCUACAGUCAAUUAAUCUUCAACAAAAGAGGCAAGAAUAUACAAUGGGAAAAAGUCUCUUCAGCAAGUGGUUCUGGGAAAGCUGGACAGCCUCAUGUAAAUCAAUGAAGCCAGAACACUCCCUCACACCAUACACAAAAAUAAACUCAAAAUAUCUUAGAGACUUAAACACAAGACAUGACACCGUAAAACUCCUAGAAGAGAUCAUAGGUAAAAUGUCUCUGACGUAAAUUGUACCAGUGAUUUCUUAGGUCAGUUUCCCAAGGCAUUAGAAGUAAAAGCAAAAAUAAACAAAUGGGACCUAAUCAAACUUCCAAACUUCUGCACAGCAAAGGAAACCAUAAGCAAAACAAAAAAAUAACUUAUGGAAUGGGAGAAAAUAUUUGCAAAUGAUGUGACCGACAAGGGAUUAAUCUCCAAAAUAUAUAAACAGCUCAUACAACUCAACAACAAAAAAACAAACAACCCAAUCUAACAAUGGGCAGAAGACCUAAAUAGACAUUUCUCCAAGCAAGAAAUACAGAUGGCCAACAGGCACAUGAAAAGAUGCUCAACAUCGCCAAUUAUUAGAGAAAUGCGGAUCAGAACUAUGAGGUACCACCUCACACCGUUCAGAAUGGCCAUUAUUAAAAAGUCUACAAAUAACAAAUGCUGGAGAGGGUGUGGAGAAAAGGGAACCCUCCUACAGUCUUUGUGGGAAUGUAAGUUGGUGCAGCCACUGUGGAAAACAGUAUGGAGGCUGCUCAGAAAACUAAAAAUAGAAUUACAAUAUGAUCCAACAAUUCCACUUCUGGGCAUAUACCCAGACAAAACUAUAAUUUAAAAAGAUACACAUACCCCUAUGUUCGUAGCAGCACCAUUCACAAUAGUCAAGACAUGGAAAUAACCUAAACGUCCAUUGACAGAUGAAUGGAUAAAGAAGAUGUGGUACAUAUAUACAAUGGACUAUUAUUCAGCCAUUAAAAGAAUGAAAUAAUGCCAUUCGUGGCAAGAUAGAUGAACCUGGAGAUUAUCAUACUAAGUGAAGUAAGUCAGACAGAGAAAGACAAAUAUCAUAUGAUAUCACUUACAUGUGGAAUCUAAAAUAUGACACAAGUGAACUUAUCUACGAAACAGAAACAGACUCACAGACAUAGAGAACAGACUUGUGGUUGCUAAGGGGGAGAGGGGUGGAGGAGGGAUGAACUGGGAGUUUGGGAUUAGCAGAUGCAAACUAUUUUAAGAGAAUGCAUAAACAACAAGGUCCUACUGUAUAGCACAGGGAACUAUAUUCAAUAUCUUAUGAUUAACCAUAAUGGAAAAGAAGAUUUAAAAAACCAUGUGUAUAUAUAUUACUGAAUCACUUUGCUCUACAGCAGAAAUUAACACAACAUUGUAAAUCAACUAUGCUUCAAUAAAAAAGAGAGCGCAAGAAGUGAGCACACAGAGCCACCAAAGUCACAGGCAGGAUCCUUCUCAGUAAUUCUCUUGGUUCCAUCCUCCAACCUAAACCAACUCAAACCUCCAUCAACAGAAGGACAGUAAAUUACGGUUUAUUCACACAACGUAAUUUUUUGUAGCAGUGCAAGUGCCUGAAAGAGACAUUCACGGUGAGAAUGAACGCAUUCCGGCUACACUCACAGCAUGAAUGGUUCCUGCAGAUGCGAUGUGAGCCCAGCGGCCAGACCCGGCAGAGUACAUGCUGCGGGGUUUCUACUAUGAACUACUUUUGUGUAUCUUCAAAAUUCUCCAUGAUAAAGGCUUCUUUUAGUUGCUCUGAAAAAAAAGUAAAGACUUGUAAAGCCGUUUAGAAAAUUUUCCAUCAAAAUUGCUAAAAUGAAGACUGGCAGUUGAAGAAGAAGAAAAAAAUGCAAGCAAGAAGUAAUGUAUUUUACAAAAAUGUUAAUCCAAAAUAUUAUUUAAGAAGUUUUUGCCGCAUGGAGGAGGAGGAGUGGAGUCAUCAAUGACCUGAUUGGGCAGCCUGGAAGGACUCCUGGACGAACACAUUCAUCCUGAGGUUUGCUGGUCACCCACUGUGGGUGGACCGCAGGGACCCGAGCUCUAGGGCAGGGGGACUGUGUGUCCCGCAUCUGCCACUCACCUGUGCCCACGCUGCUCACUCUCUCCUGGUUCUAGAUCAGCGCCCACUUCACCGUAUCAUGAGGAAUAGAAAAUCACAGACGCAGAUGUUCUCGCUUCUCGUAGGAAACGGAAAGGGGUGUGGGGGGCAGAUUUGCUUUUGGAAUGAUGCUCUGAGCAGACAGGGCGAGCAGAUGGCAACUCUUGUAGAGAAGCACAUGGAGCCCUGAGGUUGGAGUAGUUGAGAGAACGAGCUCGUCUGAUGGCUCAGAGGCAUGGCCCCCGGAGCUGGAGCCCUGAGACCUGUCUGUGGCCUGCAUCCCUGAAUUCAGUACAAUCUCAAAGAUCUGUGGUGACAGAAUUAGUAUGUGGGAAGGUUCAGAAACAUG